AUGGCCGGUGACCAUGAUCAGGCAGGGCAGGGUAAGUUUCAGGCUAUCACUGAAUCCAAAACAAACACCACAGCUACUGUAAUGGUCAGUGGUCAUGAUCAGGCAGGGCAGGGUAAGUUUCAGGCUAACCCUGAAUCCAACACAAACACCACAGCUACUGUAAUGGUCAGUGGUCAUGAUCAGGCAGGGGAGGGUAAGUUUCAAGCUAACCCUGAAUCCAACACAAACACCACAGCUACUGUAAAGGUCAGUGGUCAUGAUCAGGCAGGGCAUGGUAAGUUUCAGGCUAACCCUGAAUCCAACACAAACACCACAGCUACUGUAAUGGUCAGUGGUCGUGAUCAGGCAGGGCAGGGUAAGUUUCCGGCUAACCCUGAAUCCAACACAGACACCACAGCUACUGUAAUGGUCAGUGAUGAUAAUUAUCAGUAUGAAGAUAUUGAUAAACCACGUGUUAGAACAGGGCAGGGGCAGUCCCAGGGUAUAGCUGCAUCCGCGACAAACACAACAGAUACUGUAAGCGCCAGUGAUAAUGAUCACCAGUAUGAAGAUAUUGACAAACCACGUGUUAAGACAGGGCAGGGUCAGUCUCAGGCCAACACUGAAUCCAACAUAAACAUCAUUGCUACUGCAAUGACAACUGUUCAUGGUCAGACAGGGCAGGGUCAGUUUCCAGCUAAUAUUGAAUCCAGCACAAACACCAAACCCUUUGGAAUAACCACUGGUCAUGACCAGACGGGACGAGGCCAGUCCCAGGCCGUGACUGAAUCUCUGUACAAAACAGCAACUGUAAUGACCAGUGGUAAGGAUGAGACAGGGCAGGGUCAGUCUCAGGCCAUCAGUGAAUCCAACACGAACGACAUAGCCACUUGCCCUGAUAAUAUAGGGCAGGGCCAAUCUCAGGCUAACGCUCAAAAUCCCGCACUCGGAAAUUUGUCACGUAAAGAAGUGCUAGCUGCCUUACAGCCAAACCCUAUGUAUGAAGAUGUACAUACACCAACAAAGGACGAAGCUUCUACAGAAAUGGCUAGUGGUCAUGAUUAG